GCUGUGUUGGCUCCACUCAGUGGCCUCUGCUGGGAGAAAAAAAAGGUCCUCCCUCCUCAAUUGUGUUGUUAUUGACCGGCGGAGGGAGAAGAAGUGGGUCGAUAAGUGGACCAGAUUUAUUAGCGGUCCAGAUUGGCUACAGCACACCAAAUGCCGAGAGGAGCCACAGUCAGUGGGACCGUACACCGCGCAUUUCAUUUAGGUUAGAGGAGCGCCAGACAGCGUGUCUGCAAGUGCGGCGCAAUCUCAAGUGGAAGUUUGUGUUUUGUGUGUAAGAGAAGGUAAACCAUCAGGAUGGAUCUGGUCAGACUUGCAGUGUCCAUCCACAUCCUUCUGUGUCCUGCGUGGGCCCGUCACUCUUACAUGGACAGCAUCCUCUCAGCCCGCUCAGGUCUCAGGUUUCUCGAUGAGCCGUUGACUUUUGACCCCUGUUGUCUCAUGUCACCGCCCCCACCACCGCUCUUCCCUCCACCACCUCAGCUGUGGAAACGGGGCAGCCCUGAUGGUAAAAGCCUGUUGGAGCCAAAUGUGUUGGGAGGAAAGGUGCAGGAAAAACAAAAACCUGUGAUACCUGGGUGUUUGCCUGGACCUCCAGGACCUCCAGGACCCAGGGGCCCAGAGGGUCAUGGUGGAUUACCUGGAAUAAGAGGACCAAAAGGGGAGAAGGGAGAAAUUGGACGUCCAGGGUCAAAGGGUCGCAUGGGGGCUCCUGGGCUCCCCGGGAAACAAGGACUACAAGGAUGGCCUGGUCCAGAGGGACCCAAGGGUGAGAAAGGGGAUCCAGGACUCAUGGGGCUACCAGGAUUGAGGGGACCACCAGGAACAAAGGGUUUGCCUGGUUACAAAGGAGAUAAGGGGUCUAAUGGUGACCGUGGAGCUGCAGGACCAAAGGGGGAUAAGGGUUCCAUUGGUUUGCCUGGGAUGCUUGGACAGAAGGGUGAGCAGGGACCAAAGGGAGAGCAGGGAAUCACAGGAAAGCGAGGACCCACCGGACGGCCCGGGAAGAGAGGCAAACAGGGCAUGAAGGGCCAUUCUGGAGCCGCAGGAGUCAUGGGCCCCCAGGGACCCCCAGGUCCAAACGGCCAUCCAGGGCCACCUGGACCACCUGCAUCAGGUCUCUAUCUAGUAGGGGAAAAGGGAGAGCAGGGUCCUCCAGGUCCACCAGGUCGCUGCGACUGUGACUCCACUCUUGGAGAGAAUAAUGCUCGUUUUGGAAGCUACACUCAACGUGGUGGCCUCAGUAAAGUCCCUGCAAUAUUUGUGGUGAAGAGUGAGGAAGAGAUGGACCAGCUACGUCUAGACAAUGCAAUAGCAUUUAGGAAGGAUCAGAGGGUGCUCUACUUCAAAGAUAAAGAUGGAUGGAAACCCAUACAGCCCUUCCAGCCAUUCCAAUCCACAGAAAAAGUCCCGGACAGAGUUGGUGUGUGUGGGGACGGAAAGGUGCAAGCCCAGCACGGAGAGGAGUGUGAUGACGGGAACCAGAUUGUCACUGAUGCUUGUCUCAACUGUAAGUGGGCCUACUGUGGAGAUGGCUACAAACAUGACGGCAUCGAGGAGUGUGAUGGAAAGGACUUUGGUUAUCAGACCUGCAAAUCCUAUCUUCCUGGGUCCUUUGGGCAGCUCAGAUGCACUGACUCCUGCCUCAUUGAUUCCACUGGUUGCAAGUAUUUCACCUGAACUUGGAAAGUGACAGAAAUGACCAAAUUGAGACUUAGCAGUUCUUUUUCUGCUCACGGGGAGUAUACUUCAGAUUUUUUCCUGAGUCUCACCCCUUAAAAAACAACUGAUGGACUGAGAAAGAGUACUUAAGGAAAGCUCUUGUGCCUGCUCUGAGCCACGAACAGUCAUGGGAGCAAGCUCUGAAUGGACCGGAGGUUUAAUUCUUUUACUCACCUCAGGGAGCAGCUUCCUGUUACUGUCACUCCAUCGGCUGCAGCACUGUUAUGGACACUGGCGAUUGUAGGGAACAUUUUAACGAUUGUAUCAUAUGAAAUAGUUACAAUGUGUAUGACUUGCUGACUGUUGAUGCAAAAAUAAGCUGUAUUCUGAACUUCUUUUGUAAUAAGAGAGGAAAAAGAGCCUUUUCCUAAAGAGGAAAUGAUAUUAUUGAUACUAUAUAUACUGUAGUAUGCAAAUCAGGGGUGUGUAAAUGUCUUUAUUCAUGUGCAAUGUAUUACAAAACAUGUAUUUAUGAAGUGCAAUGCUGUGAUAUUGCAUGAAAUGUGUACCAGUGCCCAGCGGACUGCUUUAACCAGUGCUGUAAAUGUACCAGCCAAAGUGUGGCCCCUUUAAAGUGAAUGUUCAAAUACCCCAACAGAAAGAAAAAACGAAUGUCAUAUUGCAACAACUGCAAGAAAAAUACCUGUGAUUAUUGCAGCAGCAUGAAGAAACUGAUCAAUUAAUUCAGAAUGACUCCAAAAUGAAUUCAGUGAAAUGUGAUUAGUGGAUAAUCUGCCUGCAUGACUGUAAAAUUCUUAAAACACUGUACACUAAUAAACAGGGUUCCUACA